CUGUCGCAGAAUUAAGAAAGACGCACACUAUAGUCAUACACAGUAUUACCUAACCUUGAUCAUCACGAUAGUAGGUAUGCUGUGUGAAAGUAGGUUGUGGCAUAUGAUAUUUUGUCCUGAAUCUGAGUGUGUGGAUCCUCCCACUUGCAACUCUGUCAAUGCUCCUAAAUCUCCUCCACUAACCAACAACCAGUCAACACAAAUUCAAGUUCCAGUCCACUGCUCUCCCAGCAACUCUUCUCAAGAGCUCCGGUCCCAGCAUGGCGAUUCUCAGCAUAUUUCUGCCGCCCCGCUGGAUUGCCGAAAUCUAUCUCCACAUGUGGGCAUCCCUGGCCGAGCACCAUCUCCAGGAACAGAGGCUUUCCUAGUGCUCUCCAAUUGCCACAGCAUUUGCCAGCACUACAAUGAUCUGUACAUUGCUGGUGGCCAGGUGUUACCGCUGAGCCCUGGUGUAGGCAAUCCAGAAGGCAGUUCCUCAAAGGACCCACACCCUGGGCCCUUCCUGCUUUCCAGAGAUGUUCCUCCCCCCUCCCUUCUGCCUCCUCUGCUUCCUGAAUACAGGAGUUCCAGACGCUGGAGAGAGGGCAGUUUGCGCGAACGUCUAUCUCUGCUGCAGGAUGGUCGUCCACUUUCUAACUCUGAGCUGAAUGGCUACCUGGAGCAGAAGUUGCUGGAGCUGUACACAGAGUACAUGACUGAAGGCCCUAUCAUGGAGUCUGAGCUAGAGCAGAUCACGUUACAGUUGAGCCGAGAGCACAACCUGGAAACGGGGCAGGUCAAAGACAUACUUCUCAGCUGCCUGCUGAAAGUUACUAGCAGCCAGCAGUCCAGUGAGAUCAGUACACCAAUUCUGCAGAUCUCCACUCAGACAAAGUGAAAUGGACACAGAGAGCAUGGAGAGGCAGAGAGGGAGAAACAGUGUUAGGAAGUUGUAGAGCUAGAAAGAGAAGAAAUACGCAAAAACCUUUCAAUCGUAUACGUAGUGUGUAAUAUAGAAAAACAAAGUUAAAAAAAAGUUUCUGACGUUAAAAGACAUGAAGAUAUUUACUCUGUAAGUCAGGAUAUUAAUGUAAGAUCACAGCAGUCUAAUUUCAAUCAACUGUUUAUGAUACUAAUUUAGUUUUGCAUAAUUUUGCUGAUCCUGCAAUGUGGUGGACUGGAAUCCUGGACUGGAUGCAAAUGAAUGCAUUUUGCUGAACUUCAUAGACUUAUAAAUGCUUGUUAAAGUCACUUUUUUUCUCCAAACUGUCCUG